CACCGAGCAUCACCUGGCAUCACCGAGCAUCCGACAGAUCCUUGCACCAGCAUGUCCAUCACGGCAAGCCAGCGGGCAGCCCGCUUCCCAAAGCCGGAUGGCAUCCCAGAUCCGUUAAAGUUCAUAGAUCGACCAGCCCGCAAGCAGGUCAGCAAGCCCUCAACGAGAACUGUGAACGAGACAUCCGGGACAUACAACAUUUGGUAUGGGCGGUACAGCGGAGACAGCGGAAGGGGUCAAAGGCUCGAGAAGGCGACCACCAGAUGCAGCAUCGAAAAGGAUGCCGGAUACACCAAGGCCGCGAACCUGGACUCGCUGUUUUGUCUUCACUUUGCCCGGGGAUGCUGCCACAGGGGCCACGAAUGCACGUACUUGCACAGACUCCCAGGCGACACGGAUAGAAUCGAAGCCACCAGGGACGCUUUCGGCCGCGAAAAACACCGCGAACAACGAGACGACAUGGGCGGAGUGGGCUCGUUCGAAACUGGAAACAAAACACUCUAUGUCGGCCACGUCUCUGCCACAAAGGAUAUGGAAUAUGUUGUUCGGAAGCACUUUGGCGAAUGGGGAGAGCUCGAGUCCGUGCGUUGCCUGGAUCAGAAGGGAGUUGCCUUUGUGCAGUACAAGAAUGUCGCCAACGCAGAGUUUGCCAAAGAAGCCAUGUAUGGCCAAGCCCUUGACCGAAACGAAGUCUUGAACGUCCGGUGGGCCUCGGAAAACCCCAAUCCCAAGGCUCAGGAAACCAAGAAACGCAAAGCACAGGAACUUGCUGCCACCAAGAUGUACGAGUCCCUACCCGUAGUUGGCGAGCUUGGAACGGUUCUGGAUUAUGGAAACUAUUACACCGACCCAGCCGGCUCCUACGCAUACCAAGGCUACUAUGGAAAUCCACAAGCAGGAUAUUAUGCAAACGACAAAUAUGGUGUCGCAGACGGUCAAAGUCAGCACGCCACGCUCUAUUCCUCAACCACAUUCGACCCAUCGCAGUCAACCGAUCCUGUGGCGCAGGAGGCAUAUGCAAAAUACUGGAACGAAUACUAUAGCUACUACGGCUACGCAGAGAGCCAUCCAGAGCCGCUCGAGACCGGAGGAGCCAAGAAACCGAAAGUAUCUGAAACCGUUACGGAACCGCUUGCAUCACAGGAAUCAGAUUCCGAUGGCCGUCUCCAGGAGCCGGAUGCGCAACAACCUCUAGCAACAGCAGGCAGCGAGCUUGUCUCGAGUGCCAUCACUGAACAAAGCAGCGAGCAGAGCAGCAACGUCCCGCACCCAGGACUAGCUGUGACUACAACCAUCUCGGCCCCCAAUUCAUCCCUUUUUUCAAAAUCGUCUCUGGAAUAUAUCGCCAAAGCAGCAACAUAUACGAAAGCACUCAAGGACGCCAAAUCUUCCACUUCGGCAAGCUUGGGAUUGGUGGACUACGGCAGCGACGAUGACGAAUGAGAAAAGAAAUUUGCUUUGAGACAAGUCGCACCGCUUGAUGCUAAAGCAGAGAUUGUGAAUAUCUGAGGGCUCUGUGAAGGAGCUCAUGGCCAACUGAAAACCUCGUGAAAAAACUAGAAGUGGCUCACUCGUAGCUUGUAUUCGUAACUGUGGUUCCAUGGGAUAAUCCUUCAGCUCUUGGUUUGAUCCGGGAUACUGAGGGGUUGGCGAAAUGAAUAGGUCAGAGUGCCCAAGGAAAACCUGACCGAGAACUCCAAUGAGCCUAUGCACAUGAUGGUGGCGCGUCGGUGACUAUUCUGCUGCAUUUGGCUAUUGUAACUCCAGUCCCUGACGAGUAUGUGUGCACCUCGUCUCGAGGGUAAUAAUUGAUGGUGAAUAUGAAUGCACCCACCCCAAAAUGGGACACAACGU